UAAUUAGGUGUUACACACAUGCUUGGUAACCACAAUCAAAAUCAAGAUCCUUUUUCACCAUCAAUGGAAGCCAUGAUGGAGAACCACCACAACACCAGCAGCAACCUCAAAUCAAACCAGUGUACCUCAAACAUGGUCCAAACCAUAAACGCACCCUUGGAUCUAGUAUGGUCCAUCAUAAAGCGAUUUGAGUAUCCACAGGGAUACAAACAGUUCAUCACGGGUUGCACCAUGCUCAGCGGCGACGGCGGCAUUGGCAGCGUCCGUGAGGUCCUAAUUAUGUCUGGCUUGCCUGCUGAGGUUAGCGUGGAACGCUUAGACAAACUUGAUAAUGAUCACCAUGUCCUCAAGUUCAGCAUCAUCGGUGGUGAUCAUAGGCUUCUCAACUAUAGCUCCACCACUACUCUGCAUGAAGAGGAAGAAAGGUUUGGAGGCAAAACCGUCGUUAUAGAGUCAUAUGUGGUGGAUAUUCCGGCGGGAAGUAGCGGCGAAGAUACCCGUUCUUUCACAGAUACCAUCAUUGGUUGCAAUCUUAGGUCCUUGGCUAAGAUCACAGAAGGAAUCAAUAUCAAUCAGAAACAUACGUAAUAAGCCUUGUUCAUACUUAAUCGCAUGCUUAGUAAUGUAUAAUUAAGGACGAUUUCAUGUUUAGAAAUUAAGUAGUUUUUCAGCAGUCUAUGUAAGCUGUUGAUAUAGUAAGUUUCUCUUUUCUUAUU